UCCUCUUGUGUUGCUCCUUAAAUUGUUUUCAAUCAAACGGUGUCAAAAAUUUGAUGAAAUCCAAGUCCUUUGCCAAACUGCAGCAAAAAAGGCUACACAACAAAUAAAGCACUAGUUUAAGAAAUAAGAAUUGUGAAUAUGAUGAAUUAAAAUAGUGAAACAAGAUAAAAAUAAAUUUGAGUAAAAAUGUCAAUGGUCACAGAACACAGUGGGAAAGGUUACGCACCUCUUCCUCAAAGCAUGAGCAAUACCGAUACAGAGAACGAGGAUGAGGACCUCGGCAGUCCUGCUUACAGGUUGCAGAAACAAUCAAAUCAACCCUUGAAACUCGAUGGCUCUGCUGUAAUGCCAGAAAAUGGAAGAUUCCAUCCUCUUGACGAAACUAAAAACCUUGCUAAUAGACUGAGGAAUGGUCGUAAUACUAAUAAUUUGGGUUACUGCAGUGAUGAUAUUCCCAUCAUGGUCGUUGACCAGGAUGCCAAUGACGAUUUGUGGAAAAGACCACAUAUGUCCUUUUUCAGGCAAUUGUUUUUAGCUGCCUCAAUACUCCUCUGUAUUGCAACAAUCCUAAUUUUCCUGUAUGUCAUUCCCUGUGAAGAUGACGAUAGCCCACCACUGGCUAUUCAAAAUCGACCAGCUUUACUCUGGGAAAAAAGUCUUCAGGGCAUUGAACUACAUGGACCCAUCUCUGUUGUUCCUGGCACACCUUAUAACUUGAUAUUCAUGUAUCGAGAUCAGCAGUAUGGCAAGGCAGAACCUGGGUCGCAGAGUCCAAAGGUGGGAUCCGAAGGAGGUGGAGUUAUUUCUGUACAUGGUGGUAAAGGUCUAACUUUAUGGUGGGUUCCACUGUCACCUGUGCCCACGGAAAUAGACUGCGUAAGUCUGGACGUUGAUGGUUCUGGAAAAGCUGAUUGUCUUGUUGUGGGAGAGCAUGGGCUGCUUGCAAGCAUUGAGCCGAUUGCUGGAACUCGACAGUGGACUUCAAACGUCCAUACGCAUUCAAAACUGCCUGUAUUCCUGCCGGAUAUAGAUGGAGAUGCAAUUGACGAUCUCCUGAGUGUAGAGGUCGGUGAAGGGAGCCUAGGAAUCGCGCUUAUUUCUGGGAAGAAUGGUCACUUACUUGGACGUCAGCUGAGGCCAGAUUGUAGACGCAUUCAUAUUUACAGCAUUGAUUUGGAGGGGACUGUCUCUUAUCUUUGUCACGAUUCGAACGGUAAACAAUCUAUGAAAUCGUUGUCCCUGAAGGACCUCUUCAAAGGGAUCAACUACAUCCAGGUGAAAAAGAAGCUGGCGGCUAAGUUGAAGGGAUUACCUAAUCCUUUCGUUAUCCCAGAACGUAAUCCUGAUCACAGUACCUGGGUAUUGACACCGUUUCAUCAGCUAUCUGUUGAACGCCACGGAGCUUGCCCAGGGGAUCUUUGCAAGUCAAAAAUGAACAUAACUUUUCAAGGAAUUACCAAUGAAUCACAUUCAAUCUGGAACAGUUCUGGACCCAAUCUGUACGCUAUGGAUCCAGUGAUACUUAACCAGGUCGACAAGCCUCUAAUCACAGGAUUUGUCAUGAAAUUCUGGCAGUGGAAUGGGCAGGGUUCUCAGCUCGACAAAAUGAACUCUAGCAUUAUUUCGAGGUCGAUAACAGAGAGGACUUUAGUAGUUAUAAUAAAUCAGACCGAAGUUCAAGCUGUCAAUGCCAGUCAGACUGAAAUCAGCCAGAUAUGCAAUAAUGCAGAUUGCCAACCAAGUUCAAAACUCCAGAGCCAAUCACUCGUUGUUGCUGAUCUCAACGAAGAUGGUUCAAGAGAAUUAAUUAGCUACCAAACUUCAUACGAAAUUGACAAAUUUCAGGUCUUGAAAUCCAAAAUACAGGUGGUCAAACUUGAUUCGGAAGUCGCAAAACUGACCGAGGUAGUUAUAGCCUGAAAAAUUCAUUUUUUAAAUUUGAAUAAGCCAUUUCAUGUUAUAAAAAACAAGAUCUAAUUAUUCUCAACAAAGCUUCAGUCCUAGUCAAAUUUUUAUCGCUCUUAAGCUAAAAAUUGUGCGAUAAAAAUACUUCUGACAGUAUGAGUAGACUUUUUAAAACACUCCUAUAUUUUCUAGUCGAACGCAUCAAAUUACUAAUUUGUAUUAAGAUUCUAGUUUGUCGUCUUGUGUGUUUUUUAAUUGUAUUUUUCUCGCCACAACUGUCUGUAUAAAGUUUGAGGUGAUAGUAAAAAUUAUUUCUGUACAAAGAAAUAUCAUAUCCAA